AUGGGCCCUCCACGCGCCGCCCACCUCAUCCUUCUACUCACAGCGCCUCUCCUCCCAGUUGUACUGGCUCGCGACCAGCAGCAAGUCAUUGCCUAUCCAUAUCCAGCGACAGAAUGGAUCGAAGGAGCUGGAGUCCACGGCACGGGCCUGGGAAAAGAGGCCUUCAUCAACGCUGUCGUCUCGAACAUGACCAUUGAGGAUCUCGACUACACGAUGAGAUUCAGCCCCGACUCACCAGUCGGCAUCAUUCACGACUGGUACUCCCUGAAUACGUCACACUACAACGAAGUGCAGCAGCUCAACCUCCAGAAAGCCCGUCUGAAGAUACCACUGAUGCACUUCGGUGAAUGUCUCCACGGGGUCGGCUCUUUCAAGCAGUCAAUGUUCCCCCAAAGUCUGGGGCUCUCAGCAAGCUGGGAUGCAGGCCUGGUCCAUCGCGUGGGUCGCGCCAUCGGCACCGAGGCAAGAUCUAUUGGCAUUCACGCGUGUUUCUCCCCCGUGCUCGAUAUGGGGUUGGACCCGCGAUGGGGGCGCAUGCAAGAAGCGUGGGGAGAGGAUAAAGUCCUGACUUCUCACAUGGGCGUGGCCUACUCGUCCGGACUGUCAAAGAACAGCUCUUGGUCCGACCCCGACGCCGUCGUGCCCGUCAUGAAACACUUCGCAGCGCAUGGAUCUCCCCAGGCUGGUCACAACGCGGGCCCAUUCAUGGGGCACGGGAACCGUCAGGUCUUCCAGGAUCUUCUGACCCCCUUCAGAGCCGCGGUGCAGCUUGGAGGUGUUCGAGGCGUGAUGAUGGCAUAUAACGAGUUCGACGACAUCCCUGCUCACGUCAAUCCCAAAUUGUACGACGCACUGAAUGAUAUGGGAUUUAAUGGCUUCGUCAUAGCUGAUGACACUGGGAUGAACGACAUCUAUACUCAGCACGCGGUCGCUGAUUCGCCUGCCGAUGCCAUCAGACAAUGGUACAACGCUGGUGGCAUGGUGCAAUUCUACGACUGGCCACUGGAGCUUCUACUGAGCACCACGAAAGAACUCGUCGCCAACGGUUCGCUGGAGCUUUCAACUCUCCAGUCGCAUGUGCAAUCCGUGCUUGGCGUCAAAUGGGAUCUGGGAUUGUUUGACGACCCCUUUGUCUCACAGACCAUUGAACCGGUUCGGAUAGUGAACGACAAUAGAAAUUUGACGCUCGAAGCUGCCCAGAAGAGUAUCGUCUUGCUGGAGAACCAGAAUGCAACACUGCCUCUGAAGCCAAGAGAACAGGGCAUCUCAAAGGUUGCACUUAUCGGGCCAUUCUCUGAUAUCCUGAAUUAUGGCGACUAUUCCGGUCAAUGGGGAGAGUACCCAGCCAACAGCGCCAAGACAGUUCGACAAGCUAUACUGUCAUACAGCGAAGACAUGGAUACCACUUUCGAUUUGGUCUCUAGCUGGGGAUCAAACACUUGGGAGUAUAAUGCACAGCAUGUUAUCCCACCAUAUCUUCUUUCAGUCCCCAACGGCACAGCGGGCGGCUUGCAAGUGACAUACUUUGCAGAUGCAAAUUUCAGUGAGCCGCUGAUCACCAACUUGGAGGCUCCUGCACUUGACUGGGGAAUAUAUCCUCCCCCGGGUCUGCCAUCCAACAACUUCAGUGCUAUUUGGGAGGGCACCGUGACUUCUCCAGUUGACGUCGACGUGGAUGGAUGGAUCGGUGUUGCCGUUGGUGCGAAUAGCACGUACAAGCUCCACGUUGAUGGAGAGCUCAUCACAUCAUGGGGCUUCCCACUGACCGCUCAGAGCAACAUCUUGGGCAACAUCCAACAGUUCACCUAUACCCAAGCUAACAGCACCCUGCCACCCGAUGGCGCCGCCCCUUUCAAAUUUCGGAAGGGGGAAACAUACGACAUACGUAUCGAAUAUCAAGCCUUCAAUCUCUACAAGAAGAUCGAAAAUGUCGCCUCCCUAAACUCUCAGCUUCUGCUCUUCUGGAACCUAGUCAGCAGCGAUCCCACCAAUGACUCAGUCUCACAGGCUGUGUCAGUCGCCGAGUCCGCAGACGUCAUCGUUCUUGCCGUCGGCGCAGCGUGGAACAGCGACGGCGAGAGCGGCGAUCGAGCUACCCUAGGUCUCGCCCCGAGCCAGGACGCUUUGGCCAAGGCCAUCUAUGCUUUAGGCAAACCCGUCGUGCUCGUCCUGCAAGGUGGACGGCCAUUCGCAAUUCCAGACUACUAUAACCAGAGCGCUGCUGUAUUGAGCGCCGGGUUCCCCGGCCAGAGCGGCGGGCAGGCCAUCGCGGAUGUGUUGUUCGGGAGGGUCAAUCCCGGUGGGAGACUACCUGUCAGCGUGCCGAAGCACGUGGGCCAGGUGCCAAUUAAUUAUAAUUACAAGAGUCUUGGGCGGAAGAUCAAAUAUCUCGACGUUGACUCCCAGCCGGCCUAUCCAUUCGGGUAUGGCCUGUCGUAUACGACCUUCCAGAUAUCGGGCUUUGAAGCGAGCAGUGCUCCGGCGACAGCGAAAGAUGGUAAUGCCUCACCGAGUCAAAGCACGUUCACGUCAGGAGAUAUCAUCACCUUCUCGGUGAACGUCAAAAAUAACGGCACUGUGGACGGCAGCUAUGUUCCGCAGGUAUAUCUCCUCGGGCGAACAUCUAGUAUAGUCCAGCCAGUCAAACAGCUAGUGGCAUUCCAAAGGGUCUACUUGGGCGCGGGAGAGGAGGCGACCGUGAACAUGGAUCUGGAUGUUGAUCGGUAUCUGAAAAUCAUCAAUCGAUGGGAUGAAUGGGAGCUGGAGAAGGGCGAGUACACUUUCGCGGCGCUGGAGCAUGGUGGAGAUGCAGUGAACACGGGGCUGAAUGUUACGAUGAGCAGUGUGUGA